AUGCUGGAAGAAGUUUCAAAUGAAAUUUUGAAAAAAAAAUGUGGUGCACUAGAGGAACUCGGUAACUUGACCAGUUUGAACGAGCUUGAUGUACAUGAAGGCAGGUUCCUCUCCUCACUAAUCAAGCUUGGUAGCUGCAAGCUACAGUCUUUUAGGAUAUGGAGGAAGUGCCCUGAUGAUGUCAAGUUCUUAGAAUCAUGGUCUCCUCCGCCAUUUUCCCUCCAAAGAUUUGAGAUGAGUGGCUGCUACAGUUUCAAGUGGAUUCCAUGCUGGAUUUCACCAGCACUGACCAGUCUUGCAUACCUAGAAAUUAAUAUAGUGGAAGUAACACAGACGGAUCUGUGCAUACUUGGAGAGAUGCCUGCCUUGCUUCACCUGAGGCUAACAUGCCAGACUUUCAGAAAAGAAAGGCUUAUUUUUUACGGCAGAGGAUUCCAGCAUUUGAAGGGGUUUGUUUAUGAUACUGCUGUAUUACCAUCGGGAAACCUUCUGUUUGUGGAAGGGGCACUGCCAAUGCUUGAGGAUCUUAGCCUAAUCUACUGUGUAUCAAUGGUUAAUGCCUAUGGGUUUUUCUUGGGUAUUGAGCACCUCUCAAGACUGAAAAAUGCACAGGUUCACCUCUACAAAGAGGACGCGGCAUCUUCUGAUAUCGCUUUCGCAGAAGCUACUAUAAAGAAUGAAGCAGAUGACAAUCCCAACCGUCCCAGAGUAACUCUGGUAGAACAUGUAAAGGGAGAGGAUUAUUGCUCUGACGGUUGUCCUAACAGAAUCGUGACAGAUCAAGGACUAUAUGCCAAUACAACUAACCAGAAGGGAACUUAAAUUCAUGAAAUACUACAAGUGAGGUGCCGCGCUGCUGCCCGCUCGACUGCAACACGGUGGUGAAGCCUGGAACUAUGAUGGAAGUUCGAACAAAAGGGGGCCGGCCCCGGAUGGAGGGGUCAUAAUUGCUGUUUGCUAUGUUGUACUAGGAGGAUUUUAUUUUAUUUUUUUGAACUCGGAUCACAUUGUUUUGACUGGUUAUUCUUAUUAUGAAUCAAGCUCACCUCUUGGGGUGGAGCUUUGUUUGGUCUUA